ACGUUAAGUGUAAGCACUAUAAUUAUGUUUUAAGACGAAAUUUUCCUAGAUCCAAAUUCAUUUUCUAAAAUCAAAUUCGGAUUUUGCUUGGUAGAGAAUAAGGAAAUCGAGCCGGCGCGUGGACAAGUGAAGGAAAAGUGAAGGCUGAGCGUGGGUACUCGUGUUAAACUACAAGAAAUACAGCCUGCGUGGCAUCGAAACGAUUAGGUGUUUUCUACUUGCAGGUGUUGGCCACACGCCCCUCUUUUCAAUACAUCGUCUCUCUCAAAUCUUAAUCCAACAAAGAAUUCUCAGAAUCCAAAUUUUGACGAAAACACGGACUCCUCUCCUCUUUCUAAUAUGGCACAAGGUGAUAGCGAAUUGCAAAUGAAUUCAGGGAUUGCUCCUGUAGCUAAGUCUGGCAUGGCAGUGGAGAAAUCACCAAGUCGUGUGCAUUCUAGCAAGAAAAAGCAAGGGCAAGUUCCUAAAAGAAUCCACAAGGCUGAGAGAGAGAAAAUGAAACGUGAACAUUUGAAUGACCUCUUUCUUGCUUUGGCUAAUUCUUUAGAACUAUCAGAUCAGAACAAUGGUAAGGCCUUUUUAUUGAAUGAAGCCAGUCGAGUGGUGACCGAAACACUAGUUCAGAUCAAGUCUCUUAAAAGGGAAAAUGCUGGUUUAUUGUCUGAGUCUCAGUAUAUUACUAUGGAGAAGAAGGAGCUGCAAGAUGAAAAUUCUGCUUUAGAGGCUCAAAUCGAGAACUUGCAGAGUGAGCUGAAGGCACGUGUUUCUGAGUCACAACUCGACUUGAACAUGGCCCCUCCUGAAUGUAAUCUCCAAGAAGUUGCAUCAGAUAAUGAUCAGCCCAGACUUCCUUCCAUUCAACCUGGACAGCAGCAAGUACAAACUGUAAGUCCAUUAUAUAUUUUACCCGUCUGCUCAAAUAUUCAAGCAUAUGUGGAGCCCAGCAUUGAUCAACUUGCAUUGAAGCCUAGCAAACCACACGCUCGAUAUCCUACUCCAGCCGACACAUGGCCAUCCCAACUUCUUGAAAAGCAGCCCGAGUUAGGGAAGGAAAUUUAACAAAGUAAUAGAAAUAACGACGGAUGUUAAACAGUAAGGCAUUAAAGAUGCAAAGCUGUGUGAAUUUGACUGAUAUAUGUAAUUAGUCUGCUGCAAAAUGUUUCUUGCAACUUUGUUUUAGGCAUUCAUACUCAUUUUGACAACAAUAAAUUGUUUAUCAGUAUAAAAAGUUAUUUUAUGUAUCAAUCCUUACAUCU